UCCUAGUAACGGCUAAAACAACUCCUUGAGCUACAAGUGAAGGAGAAUCAAACUGCUGGAGAUUUAUUUAAUUUUCAACAUCAACCAAAUGUACAACAUCAGUAGGAAGAAUUAAUUAAAUGGGAUUUUAAUACCUGGAACGUCGACAGAAGUCUACAGCUAUAAUAUCUCAGGAAUAGGUUUGUAAAGUCGUUUUUAAGGUAGCUAAAGCUAAAGCUAGCUAAAGCUAAAGUUCUCUGUUUAUCCAGGAAGAACAGGGUAAAGGAGACAUCAGUAGUUCAUUAGAUACGGGUGUAUGCUACAAGCACACUUAUUUUAAUAGCAUACCCCAAAAAAGAAGCGACAGGAUGAACCUGACUGAAGUAGAAGAGCACAUCACAGUGAAGUAUGAUAUCAAGAGGAGACUCGGGAAAGGGGCGUAUGGAAUCGUAUGGAAAGCAGUGGACAGGAAGACUGGAGAGACAGUGGCUGUGAAAAAAAUAUUUGAUGCUUUUAGAAAUAGAACUGAUGCUCAGAGAACAUUCCGAGAAAUCAUGUUUCUUCAGGAGUUUGGUGAUCAUCCCAACAUCAUCCGGUUGCUCAACGUCAUUCGAGCCCAGAACGAUAAAGAUAUUUACUUGGUGUUUGAGUACAUGGAUACUGACCUGCAUGCUGUUAUUAAGAAAGGCAGCCUUUUGAAGGACAUUCAUAAACGCUAUAUCAUGUACCAGCUUCUCAAAGCCACCAAAUACUUACACUCAGGGAACGUUAUCCACAGGGAUCAAAAGCCCUCAAAUAUACUACUAGAUGCUGACUGCUUUGUCAAGCUGUGUGAUUUUGGCUUGGCGCGCUCCCUCUCCCAGAUCCAAGAGGAUGCUGUGAAUCCUGCCUUAACAGAAUAUGUGGCAACACGGUGGUACCGUGCUCCUGAAAUUCUUCUUGGCUCCACUAGGUACACAAAAGGGGUGGACAUGUGGAGCGUGGGCUGCAUUCUGGGCGAGAUGUUGCUGGGCAAAGCUCUUUUUCCUGGAACCUCGACAUUGAAUCAGAUAGAGAGAAUAAUGAGUAUUAUUCCACAUCCCAUGCCGGAAGACAUUGUGGCCAUCAGGUCAGAGUAUGGAGCAUCUGUAAUUCAGAAAAUGCUGCUUAGGCCACAGAUGCCAUUAGGAGAUUUAAUGCAGCCUUCAGUGCCACCUGAUGCUCUUGAUCUGCUACAGCGCCUGCUUGUCUUUAAUCCUGAUAAACGAUUAACUGCAGAGGAUGCUCUCCAGCACUCUUAUGUGGCCAAGUUUCAUAACCCAUCCAGGGAACCAAGUCUGGACUAUGAAGUUAUUCUCCCUGUAGAUGAUGAUGUACAGCUGUCUGUGACUCAAUACAGAAACAAAGUCUAUGAGAUGAUUCUGGAGAAACGGGCCUCUCGCCAAAUGGCAAGAAAAGCUCCUCUGAAGCAGAAAGCUGAGGAAAAGCCUGGGGAAGAGGUUGGGGAAAAUGAACAGGAAGGCGCAAAUGCAAGAGAUAAAGAGUGUAAGAAGGCUGAGAGAAUGUUGGGUCAAGGGGAUAGAGAAAAGAAAUUGUUGCAACACAACAAAGACCAAACUGAAGCAAGAUCAGUCACUGCCAAACCUGUCUCCAUUCAAGAUCAAACACGUCCUGCUGUCGGGAAAAGCAGUCCAGCUGCAAACGUGUGCAUGAACAAGACAUCUUACAACCCGAUCACACAUGUGUCCUAUGAUGUGAUCAGGCCAUCCAGUAAUCCUUCAGUGACUGCUCAGCAACAACAUAACCGAUUUGGCAGAAAGGUGGUGCAGCAGACUCAGAAAAAUGACAGCAGUAGCAUCUUGCCUGUACAGGCAUCUAACAAGGGUGUAGAGCAGAGUCAGCAGCGUGGUCAUUCAGCCCCUAUGGGAGGCACCCGCCCCUUCUCCCUCACUCUGUUACAGCCACAGAAUAACUCUCUGUUUCUUAAGGAAGAACCCGGCCUGACAUCAGGCCUGUGUGUCACCUCUGCACGGCUGAACGAGCGCUACCCCACUCAGACUCGGACUACAAAAUCUCCACUCAGGUUUAGCAAAAAGGUCUUCCAAAACAACCCAAAUGUUUCUACUGCAGGAGAUCAUCAAGCCAAACUGGGCAGCUACUCUUAGACCUAUGGAAUCAUCAAAAGAACAGAGCUGAACAACCUGCUUAGGGGUCAACCACAGCUAUAGACUAUUAGACUGAAUAUGUAAAUACAUUUAUAUGAAAACAAACUUACACCUCUAUCUGAAGUGACUGAUGCAUGUAGGAUAAUGUAAAGUGUCGUUACAUUUUCAUAUGGAUGAUAAGGAUAUGACUUUUAGAAAACUAAAAUGUUGCUCUAGGAGUAGAAAUACUAGUCAGAUUGAACCUUGUACAGAAAAGU